CAUGACCCGAGUGUUUUUCCCUAUUUGCUAAAUCAGCCAGGUUCGAUGGUCAUAGCUCUUUCGCCAUGUUCCAGUCUCCACUCCAUCCCGAAGCGUAGUGCAGUGCUGCUGCCGUGGGUUCACCAAAACUAUACUAGCCGAAUCCAAUCUUCCGGGUUGGCCUGCCGAUCGACUAGCUAACCAACCGAGCCUGACACCAACGUUAACUUAGACGCACCGAUCGACCGCGCAUACUCCUCUUUGCCCAAGUCCGAUUUUAAUUAAUUAGCUGACGCAUGCUGCGCGACCCUGCUGCACAAAUAUAUUAACUAUAACCCCUCUUCAUUAUUCCAGGGCUCGAUACCGCGUACGCGCGCGCACGCUGGCUGGGCGCUGACGUAGACGCGAAAGGCGGGUGCCAUGUAUACAAUGUCCGACGACGAAUGGGAAGACGAUAAUGGCGCUUCUACAUCGUCGGUAUUACUGCCAGCAACACCUACGCUCGCGGAGAUGAUACAAGAGACUCGUAGCGAGUUGGAGAAAAGAAAAGCUAGUAGCAACUCUGGUGACCAAAGUGUGGGUGACGACAACGGUGCCCACAACGACGACGACGAGGACGAGGACGAGGAGGUUGAAACGGAUGAAGACCCCAUCCUAGAAGCCGGUUUGGCUGCCCUUGACCUUCUCUCUAAGGAUCCCGAACUGUGUCUGCAUCUUGCAUACCAACACCUGCAUGACGUUCCAUACAAGGAUGUGUUACCAUGCUGGAUGAGGCUGUACGUCGAUGCUGCACUAACAAUAGUACUCGAAGUUGUGGAGCGAAAUGUUGAGCCCAAAGAAGAACUGGAACAUCACGAAAAGCGUAAAGACGAGGAUUGGAUAACAAAAGUGGUACGACUCCUGGACAUGGCAUUGAUUCUCACGAGAGCUCCAAGAAGGGAGAAACUGGUCGGAAGGUGGUUCAGUGCCUUGGAAAGGUUUUUAGCAGAGAGAACGGAGAGAGAAGAAUCGGAUGUUAGCCCGGAACCGACAUGCGACCAUGCACAACAACCACCGUCCAAGAAACGCAAACUCGAUCCAUCCUCCUCCCCCUCUAGCUUCCCGGCUACCUUCCCAAGUACAAUGGUCGAUCCCAAACCAACGCUGAAACGACCGAUUCCUAUUGCUGAAUCCCCAUUCUCCCUUGUCCAAUUCCAAAAUCGAGUCUCAAGCCCAUUGACCUGCACUCCACUCAUCAUCCGCGGCGCGAUAGACCAUUGGCCCGCCCUUCACGAACGCCCCUGGAACUCUCCACAAUACCUCGUCGAAAAAACCCUAGGCGGUCGCAGACUCGUCCCCAUAGAACUCGGACGAAGCUACAACGACGAAGGAUGGGGGCAAAAGAUUAUAAGUUUCGGCGACUUUGUCAAGGAUUACAUGUUUUCCCACGACGACAAUGGGAACUCCGCCAACGACAGCAGCAGCAGCAACAACAACAAAAACGAUAAUCUACAACGAGGCUACCUAGCCCAACACGACCUCUUCGCCCAAAUCCCUUCCCUGCGCAACGACAUCUCCAUCCCAGACUACUGCUACGCGACCUUCCCACCGCACUCGCACUACCCGACGCCCGUCGAGCCCCUCCUCAACGCCUGGUUCGGCCCUAGCUCUACAAUCUCCCCCCUCCACACUGACCCUUACCACAACAUCCUCGCUCAGGUCGUGGGCUACAAGUAUAUCCGCCUCUACCCGCCUUGGGAGAGCGAGGCUUUGUAUCCGCGGGGCGUCGAGGAGGGCGGCGUCGAUAUGAGUAAUAAUAGUGGGGUGGAUUUGGAUGUUGCUAUGGGGGUUUGGAAGGAGGUUUCUUGUUUUUCUUGUGGGGAGGAGGGGGAGGAGAAGGCGGGUGCGCGGCCUUUUGGAGAGGAUGGCGGUCGUGUUGGUGGUGGCUUCGCUAAUGCGGAAACGCAGCUAGGUGAGGAAGCAGAAGAGGGGGGAAUUGAGGAGACGGAGCUCGAGGACGAUGAUGAUGAUGAUGAUGAUGAUGAUGAUGAUGAAGAAGAAAAAGAGGAAGAGGAAGAGACAACGCAAGAAGAAUACGAGCGGCGAUUCCCAAAGUUCAAGCGUGCGAGGUAUGUGGAAGGGAUCUUGGGGCCGGGAGAGUGCGUCUAUGUACCCAAAGGGUGGUGGCAUUAUGUGCGUAGUUUGAGCCCUAGCUUCAGUGUGAGCUUUUGGUUCUGAGGACCGGGAAGGGGAGGAGGAUGAGGUCUUCCGUAUCAUUAUUCACUCAGAUGGAGGGCGGCGGGUGAGCGAGCGAAAUAUCGCAAGAAAGCAAAGGGUUUGGCUAGAAUCAGUAGUUGAUAGAAGUGUACGAAUGGGAUUCAUUGAUAUUCAAGCUCGACCAUCUUGUCCUCACACUGAUAAGGAGAAGAGAUUAGCACAAGGCACAAAGACAGUCACAUUCCUUCAUUCCCAGCUUCAUCUUGAAUAUUUUUUAUGUUCCUAUUCAUAUUGGGUGUCGCUU